ACCAGCACCCCAACUCACAAGUCCUUUUGCAACUUUCCUGAACAUCUGCUUCAAUUAUGGCCUAUCCUCACUUCUCAUCCUUUAUCUUCCCACUUCUUUUUGUCACUCUGUCAUUGAUGAGCAGCGGCGGAGUCGUGGUUGGAGCGAGACAGCUCGUGGAGAACACAAUGCCUGAGAUACCUGAGCUCCCUAAACCUGAAAUCCCUGAGCUUCCACCAUUGCCUAAAGUUGAACUUCCACCAUUACCCCAGAUUCCAACUCUGCCACAACCUCAUCUGCCUGAAGUGCCAAAAGUGCCUGAGUUGCCUUCUUUCCCCCAUCUGCCUGACUUGCCUAAACUUACACUGCCUGAAAUUCCGCCUCUUCCCAAGAUACCUUCUGUUGACCAUCCUUGAAUCAUUCUUCAAUGGGAGCUCUUUGAAUAUUGCAGCAGCAUCGUCGUGUCGAUCUUCUUCUUGUGUCUAUAUAUAGUCUUGAGGGAGUACCUAAUGUGUGAUUUAUGUUGUUCAGAUUGAUUUUGUGUCAGUGUUUCUGUUGGAGUGUGUACUUAUUGUUAUUGAUGUUGUUGGUAUAUUAUUAUAGAUAUGAAUAUGGUUUACUUGAGUUUGUUCUUAUUGUUAUUGAUGUAAUGGUGCUUCUGUAUC